UCAUGGUACUGCUCUUCUUGCUGUAGGUCAGAUUAGAUUAGGGUUCCCUACAGUCACACCAGUUAUUGCCCCAAUUGCUCGAUCACCUUUCGCGACUGCCAAGUAGCGUCUAACCACCGAAGCGGCCUUUUCCCUUGGUGCCAUCCAGCGUGUUGGUCGCAGCUCUCCGGCAUUCCCAGUCCCCCCUCCCCUCCCCGAUCCCUGGAGAGUCUGGUUAUAGACGUUGCGGCUUCAGCUGCCAAUCCACUUGGCUCGCGACGGGCCCUCUGCUCAUUGAUCCAUCUGAUCCCGCUGAUCCCUUGAUCCCGCUCAUCCCGUUCAUCCCGCUGAAGCUAUAACCGGCAUUGUUUCCCUACUCUGUCGACUACCCUCCCCACUCCGCUCCGUCCGUCUACUGUCUCGAAGAGAGCAUCUACUCUACUCCCUCCGCGCGACGAAACAGUCCCUGCAUUCUGCGCACCUUGAGGCUCCUCCAGGCAUGCAGCCCAAAACAUCCGGCGCUGGACACUUGUAGCUCCUCGUUACCACAUUCUGUUCGCUCCGCGCCCGAUUAUCCACUACCCUCUACCCUCUAGCCGUUCUCUGACCUCCACCCUGUACCCCCGGGCCAUCCCCCUGGGAUGUCUUGGGCUCAUGGGGGCGGGGGAGGCGGAGGGGGGGGCGGAGCGCCUCCCCCGACGAGCACGGUGUACGUGGCGAAUCUGCCCCCGGGCACAGAUGAGGAGCUGCUGGCGGAGCACUUCGGCACCAUUGGCCUCAUCAAGCGCGACAAGCGCACGGGGCGUGCGAAGGUGUGGCUGUACCGCGACAAGGAGAGCAUGGCGCUCAAGGGCGACGCCACGGUGACGUACGAGGAUCCCUUUGCUGCGGCCGCGGCCGUGGACUGGUUCCACAACAAGGACUUCCAUGGCAAAGCCAUUGCCGUGUCGCUCGCACAGACAAAGCACGGCAGUGGUGGUGGUGCUAGUGUGGGUGGUGGCGCGGGUGUUGGAGGGGGAGGGGAUGGGCAUGGGUAUUCGGCGGGAGAUGGAGGGUUUGGGAGGGGUGAGGAGGCGGGUGGAGGAGGGGAGAUGAGGGGUGCUGGUGCUGGGGAUGCUGUGCUUGGUGGUGCUCCUGGUGAUGGUGGUGGGGCAGUGGCGGCAGGGCCGGGGAAGCCAUGGCAGCAGCAAGGGGACUGGAUGUGCCCCAAUGCAACAUGCGGCAAUGUGAACUUUGCCUUUCGGGGGGAGUGCAACCGCUGCGCCACUCCCAGACCAGCUGGGGGAGGGGGAGGGGCGGGGGCAGGGGGAGCAGGCAUGGGGAGGGGAGGAGGCAGAGGGGGGAGGGGGGGCGACUCGGGGCGAGGGGGGCGAGGAUUCGGGGGGCCGCCCGGACUGUUUGGGCCCAUGGAUUGGCCGUGCCCCAUGUGUGGGAACAUGAACUGGGCCAAGAGGGCCAAGUGCAACAUCUGCAACACCAGCCGCCCGGGCACCAGCGAGGGGGGAGCCAGGGAGGGCCGUGGCGGCGGGUACAAGGAGCUGGACGAAGCUGAGCUGGAGGAGACGAGGAAGCGACGCAAGGAGGCCGAGGAGGACGACGGGGAGAUGUACGACGAGUUUGGCAACCUCAAGAAGAAAUUCCGCAAGAAGCUGGCUGCUGCUGCUGCGGCGGCUGCUGCGGGUGGGGACGGCGGGGGUGCGGCGAGUGGGGGAGAGGGCGGGGGAGCGAGGGAGGAGGGGAAGAUGGGGAAGGCGCUCUGGGAGGAGGACCUGAAGGCGCUGCCCAGCCAGGGCAGCAGGAAGAACCAGGAGUCGGAGCGACGGGCCAACGCACGGCCGUGGGAGGUGCAGGAGGAUGAGCAGGAGAGGCGGGGGGAGGGGAGGGACAGAGACAGGGAUAGGGAUAGGGAUAGGGACAGGGACAGGGACAGGGACAGAGACAGGGAUAGGGAUGGGGAUGGUUACCGAGACAGAGAGAGAGACAGGGAUAGGGAUCGGGAGAGGGAGGAGAGGGAUGAUGGUUAUCGGGGUAGGGACAGGGAUAGGGAUAGGGAUAGGGACAGGGAUAGGGAUAGAGGUAGGGACAGAGAUCGAGACAGCCACAGGGAGAGGGAGAGGGACAGGGACAGGGACAGGGACAGGGAACGUGACAGGGAUCGAGACAGGGAGAGGGGGAGGAGUGGAGAUAGGGAUUGGGAGAGGGAGAGAGGCAGGGACCGGGAGCGGGAGCGUGGGCGGAGAUAGCAGGAGGGCCUUGGAGGAGGACGGUUGCUGCACUUGGGACAUCUGGGUGUGACACAGGUCUGGGUGCGCUGGUGGAAUCAUGGAGUGGGAAACAGUAGAGGAGUACCUAAGGGAGUGAGGGUGGGAUCGGAUGGGAUGGUUGGUUGGAGCGAUGGGAGAGGCGGCUGGAUGGAGAGACAGAAAGAAGGAAGGGAAGCAAGCAAGGAGGGUUUGUGUGGGGAGGAAGCAUUGGAGCAGGGGGAUUACAUUGGCUUGGCACGCCUAAUGGGCUUAAAGGAUAUUUGCCCAGGUCAUGGGUGAUGCCGCGUCGCUGAUGCGUGUGUCAGUAGGAAAGGGAGCAAAUUCUUCGACUUGGAUUCUGGUUGAACAAAGUAGACCUAUAAAGGGGAGUACCAGUAGUACCGACUGUAUGCGUAUUGUUGUGAACCUGCCUGUAGUUGUUGAGCCAGGCUGUUUCGGGCCACCAGCCGUUACUCAUCAAGGAUGCACUCAGCUCAGUCCCUCCAUUGGCUCACAUGUCCCAUCUCAUGCUCCCUCCUGCCACCAUUAUCCACCUGACUUGUUU